UUUCACCACAAAGGCAAUGAAGAUACAUCGUUGCAAGAUUGGAUAUAUCAGAAACUUCUUAAAAGAAAAAAAGAUAUAAAGAGGAAAUUGAACAAUUAAUAUGAAAGACCAAAAGUAAACAAAAAAAACAAAUGAAAUGGCGAGGAAGGAAGGAUUGCUGAGUUAGAUUUUUUUUUUUUGAAUUAAUGUUAAAUUUAUUCAUGCAAAAACAUAUUUACAUCAUGUGCAACUGUUUAUGAAUCAAAGAAUCAGACUCAUGAUCAACUAAGAACAAAAUUCCUAAGUUAAGGAUCCACUCUAGACCCAAACCAUGUUGCAAGCCCUCCUUCCAUUUUUCCUCUACCUUGGAGUGAAAGCAACCAAAGUCUAACAUUUUUAUCUACAAGCUUUGCUAGACACUGAGCUUCUCUUUCUUGUUCCCCAUGUCGUCGAGCAUUGCGCACGCCAGGGAGAAAAAAGUCGUGAGAAUAAUGUUACUAAAUUUCAUUCGUUAUAGAAAAAGGAAAACAAACCAUUUUGAUAUAUAAUAUGUGACCAAAAUGGUCUAGAAAUAUUAUUAUUUUAAAUAUCAUAGAACGUCAAACAUUUUGAAGGUAGUAGGUGCUCCGUCAUCGCGCCCUGAAAACUAUAAGUUCUCCUUAGCCAUUAGCCAAAAGACCAAGAUCUCUAUUUAUAAUGGAAGUCAACGACGAAGGAGAAAAGCUCAAGAUGGGAUCCUUACUCAGCCCGGGUUGGGCUGACUUGACUAGAGAAUGUCUCAUCGACAUCUUCUCACGGCUAAGCGUAGACCAAAGAUGGAUCGGGCCGAUGCUGGUCUGCAAGACCUGGAUGAACGUAUGUCAUGACCCGUUAUUCAACACGAUAUUCGAUCUCGAAACUCGAAUUCAAUCAUUCCCUGAGUCGAUCAACUGGUGGAAUCCUGAAUUCGAGGACAAGGUCGAUUCCUUCCUCCGAUCUGUUGUUGACCGGAGCGAAGGCGGUCUCACUGAGAUUCGAGUCAGGCACUGUACAGAUCUCUCUCUAUCUUACGCUGCUGAGAGGUGCCCUAAACUAGAGGUACUUUGGAUAAAGAGCUGCCCCAAUGUCACAGAUGCAUCAAUGACAAAGAUAGCCUCAAACUGUCCAAACCUGAAGGAACUCGACAUGAGCUACUCUUAUGGCAUAUCUCACGAGUCUUUGGUUAUGUUGGGGAGGAACUGCCAUAACCUAAAGAUCCUUAAACGGAAUCUAUAUCCUCGGCUUGAUCCCAACAUGCCCACAAUCAUCGCGCCACUAGACUAUCUUGCUACAUAUCCUAAACACGCCAAUGUGGAGGCUGAGGUGAUUGCAAGGCACAUGCCUCAGCUCAAGCAACUGGAGUUUCGGUACACUACAUUGACUGCUAAAGGUCUUGCUUUGGUUUGUGAAGGAUGUUUGGAUCUUGAGUACAUGGACUUAUACGGGUGUAUAUCAUUGAGGAGCGAGGAGAUAACUAGGUGGACCUCGAGCUUGAUGAGUUUGAGGGAGAUCAAUAAGCCGAAUUUCAUGUUCCCAAUGGCGAUUCUACGCAUGUCAAGACCGGAUCAUCCGAGAUAUGGAUGAUCUUCCAGCUUUGAUGCUCUGCU